AUGUAUCCUGGAGGCAGAGAAUUAAGAAACUACAUCAAGGAGUCAUCUGAUCCAAAUCUCAAUGAGUUUAUAAAGAACAACUUCCAUCUGAUCAAUCAAGAUGAUGCUACGCCCAAGAGCAUGAUGCUUGUUUGGAAGAACAGAUUCGUUCUUGCACUGAACAAAUAUAGAUCAGAAUUGGUACUGGGAAAUAGAGCAAAUUUAGACAUAAAUUUGUGGAAGAGUUUGAAGCUAAGAGACGGUGUUGAUAAUGCUAGUAUUCUAUACCAGUGGUUGUAUAUCGCUCAAGAAAAGAAGUCUGAAGAUGCAAAUUCUUUUUUGCAAGAAAAAAAAGAACAAAUUGAACAGAUGGAGACCAGCACAAGCCAAGAAGUCAAUGCUUUGCUUGAUAAGCUCAGCAUUCGUCUUCUCAGGCGAUUUGAUAAUUUGAGUACAAAGGAGAUGUGUGUCUUAAAGCUCUCGCUCUCAAAGAUUGUUGACCUUGUGGACGACGAGAUGGCAGAUGUGUACAAGUCUGUUAUCCCCAACCGCCAUUUUGAAGAAUGGAUGAGCUUAAAGAGAAGCAAGAGAUUGGAAGAAGAAGAACAAAGCAAGAUCAAGACAACAGUAGCAGAGUUUGUUGAGAAGUCCAAGAUUGAUAUAAAAACUGCUAGAAAAUAUGUUCUGCAGAAGAGGCUCGAGCUGGAAGACGAAGAUAGUUUGGAGGCAAGACUCUUUGAGAUGAUUGAUAAAAUCAUUUCUUUAAUCAAAAACAGCAAGAGCAAUUAUUGGCAAGAGGCUGACUUUGUCGCCUUUAUCAAGACUCUUCUUGAAAUCGCUUUCCGUGGCUCUUCCUUGAGCGUUGUAAUUGGUGAGACUGUUGCUCAUGCUACAAAGCCAGCCAUUGAAUAUAAUGAAAGCAGUUAUAGCAAUGGCAUGAACAGCGUGUUCAACUCCGACUCUCCUUCCUUUGUAUCGACAAGCACAAGCAAGUCCGGUUGUGUUGGCCGAAAGAUUGAUCUUCAAAUUGUAAGCGACAAUGACCAAGAAUUGUCCUUUUGGGAGUUCAAAAACAAUGAUGUUGACCAGGAGCUCCUCUGGUAUCAAGAAUCUAAAUCCUUGCGUUUGGCCCAGUGCUUACAGAAGGAGGUUAGCUCCGUCUUGAAGCACCCUCAAGAUAUUUUGUCUUUGAAUUGGUUUGGUUGGUCUGCCACCAUGUGCUAUCUUACACAACAAGAUGGAUAUGCAGUUGCCAAGAAGAUUGAUAAGAUAACUGUUCCUUAUGACAACAGAUUGAUUAGUACAAGUCUGGAGGAUCUGAUGCUUUGCAUCUUUGAAGUGAAGGCUACUCUUUCUGCUUUGAAUGAUGAAAUAUUCAUUGCAUCAAACGGGCGUACCAAGAAGCGCAAGUCAUACGACAGUAUGCCACACACCUUGCUUUCCCCAAAGCGUCAAUAA